CCAUUAGUAACGCUAACAUAUUGCAUCAGUCACUCUGGUGUUUAAAACACUUCAAAUAAUUUUUGUACGGGUUAAAUAACAAAUCCUGUUCAUUUGUGUCAUUUUAGCGAAUGACGCAAUCUGCAUCGUUGUUAACAGGAUGCUAUUUGGCUCGAUGGCGCCUGUUAGUUUUAAGCAGCCAGGGUUGGUACGCUGCUCCUAUGCGCCAAGAGCGCCCCUCUACGUCUCUGACACAUGGGCGGUCACCGAAGUGUGUUCUACCAUAUUAUUUCGAUUCAUGCCAAGACAAUACCAGCGCAAGACAACGAGAGGAACAUUUACGAAACAUGCCAUUAAGAUGGCAUUUGCAGCCCAUUUUGAAGGAAAGUCGCUCCGUAAAGUUGUAUCCGACUGCGGGGUUAAUUAUAAGACCCUUCAACGCUAUGUAAAUCUGCUCAAAACAGACGGCAACAUUGAGAAGCCAACUUUUGGCUACAGUACGCAGAAGAGCAAGUUUCGCUGGACUACAUCAUUGAAGCCUCUUCAAUCUUCUAUGGCCUAACUCUGAGAUAAUUACUCAAACUAGCCUACAAAGUUGCUGUCGCCAACAAAAUUUCAAUGCCAGAAUCCUGGUCCUGUGCGAAAUCUGCAGGAGAAGAUUGGCUAAAGGCAUUCAGACAACGUCACAAGGACCAGCUAUCCCUGCGAAGUCCUGAGUCAACAUCACUCAAUCGCAUACAGGCAUUCAACAAAACAUGUAAAGAAACUGAUGAACGAAGAAGGGGACUGAGGUUGAAUACCUUAAAAGAAGUUAAAAGGUGAAAAACAAAUUCAUAAACUUCGAAACUGACGAAGUAUGUUCUGUGAAUAAAAAAAAACAUCAUUACUUUGCUGACAAAGUCUGACAUUUCUGGGACAAAACGCUCCAAGAGCGGCCAUGUGUUCAUUGAAGACAUCGUGAAAUAUGCAGCUAAAAUCUAUAUAUAUAUAUAUAAUUCUCUUCUUGGAGACGCUAGAAAACAAGCUGUAAGCGCGCUCCCUACCACCCCCACCCCUACAUGGUCUGGUGAGCUGUGGUUCACGCUAAAUGUUUACAAUCAUAGAGCCGGGUUUAGUGACGGCUAUUAGGGGCAGAUAAUUUAGUUUGAAACGAUUUUAAA